GACUUAUGACAGACUCUUCUGGCUUCAAUUUGCAGCACCUCUCGAACUGCAGCAUCUCGCUGCCUGCUCCAAGAUGGAGUGGUUCUCGGCCAUGGCUGUGGUCGUAUCUGUCCUGAUGUUGCUUCUUUGUGGGUGUUGCAUUCUAUUAAUCUUUUUGGACUGGCUGCAGACGAUGCGGGAGGAUUUGAAAAGGCCAGCAUACACUCUUGGUGCCCCUCAUUGCUCGGCAUGCCAUGAAGACAGCGAUGAGUCGCAAGAAGAUGCCAAAGGCCUUUUACUCACUUGCGAUUCCUCUGGCGAUGAAGACGAAGGUCAUGUCCGCGAUUCGCGCGAGUCUUAUGAUCAGGAAGAGGAUCCAGAGCGAGAGAAGGAGGAACACCUCAAAGAGCUCAUCCGUCAGCGCGUGAAAUGGGAGGGCCGCCUAAUGGUGGUGCUUCCCGUGGUGCCUUUGCUCUCAUCUCCAUGGACGACAUGCACAGGUGGUAUGCCCACCUGGGCAUACAUUAUAUAUCUGCCUUUCCUCUUGAAAGCGAAAGUGACCGAAGCUGUGAUGCUUCAGAAAUUGCAAUCUCCAGAGUACAUUUGGUCUUUGGAGCAUAUUUUGGGCUUCUGGCUUUGGGGCCCUUUGGAGCACCUCGACCCUUGGCCAACCAGAGCCGGCCCUGCAGCUUUUUUGC